AGCCGGAAGUACUUUUCGUAGUCGUCCUUUUCUAUUUUGUACAAAUCUUUAUUACUUUUUUUUCCAGUACAAAACAAGUAUCAAACGAGCAAUAUGCACGCCGCAUGUGCUGGAGUAAGAUGUGACGAAAUAAUAAAGGACUACGGGGAUAAAUCGCCGGGAAAUAAGUGAAACCUCGGGCGGUUUGAAGCGGUGGACUUUUGGAAGCUCUUAUUUUGACACAGAGGCGCGGCUGAGCCGAGGCAACCGGAAGUAGCCUAUUAUGGCCCGCAGGCGGCCACACAGACUUCCGGUGAGGGCGGCUGCUGCGGGAGAGUCUCUGUCGGAACCAACGAGCGUAACGUGUGGUCUGCUAGUGGUCGUUGACACGGAAGAUGUCCAAGUCUCUGAAGAAGAUCGUGGAGGAGAGUCGAGACAAGAACCUGCCCGAGGUGGAGAUGUGUGACAGAGGCAUCUCCAACAUGCUGGACGUCCCCGGGCUGUUCACCCUGUCCAACAUCACCCAGCUGGUCCUCAGCCACAACAAGCUCACAGCGGUGCCUCCUAACGUGUCUGAGCUGAAGAACCUGGAGGUUCUGAACAUGUUCAACAACCAGAUUGAAGAGCUGCCCACUCAGAUCAGCAGUCUGCAGAAGCUGAAACACCUCAACCUCGGGAUGAACCGUCUCAGCGGCUUGCCCAGAGGAUUUGGUUCUUUACCCGCUCUGGAAGUUCUGGACCUGACCUACAACAACCUGAACCAGAACUCCCUCCCUGGGAACUUCUUCUACCUCACGACUCUUCGCGCUCUCUAUCUGAGCGACAACGACUUCGAGGCUCUGCCCGCCGACAUCGGGAAGCUGGCCAAGCUUCAGAUACUGAGUCUGAGGGACAACGACCUCAUCUCGCUGCCUAAAGACAUCGGGGACUUGGCUCAACUCAAAGAGCUUCACAUCCAGGGCAACCGGCUGACCGUCCUGCCCCCCGAGCUAGGUAACCUGGACCUGAGGGGGCGCGAGCACGUGUUCAAGGUCGAUAACAACCCCUGGGUCACUCCCAUCGCAGAACAUUUCCAGCUGGGCGUCUCCCACGUCUGUGAAUACGUCCGCUCGGAGACAUACAAGUAUCUCUACGGCAGACACAUGCAGGCCAACCCAGAACCACCGAAGAAGAGCAACGACAAGAGUAAGAAGAUCAGCCGCAAACCUCUGGCCGCCAAGAACAAGUGAAGAGGAGAGCUGCUCACUGAGCUGCUUCACUGCAUGUGCCUUCCCCCCCGCUCCGUUUUAUAUAACAAAAACAUUUUGUAUUCCAAAGAAAUGUGUGACGCGUGUUCCUGUGCAGAGCUGCAUGUUUGCAUCCGCGUGCUGCUCGUUUUGUUGCUCUAGUACUCCAGCCAUGUGUGUAACUCUGGAAACGCGUGGAACCUCAUUCAGACGCAGAUGGUCGCGAUGCUCCUCACAGCGAGCCCAGAUGACCGAUGAGGGUCCUCACAAUGCUGCCGCGCCAGAGGCAGAUGUUUAGAGUCCAGUCUUACUGCUCUGUAUCUGAAUCCAGCAGCACGUCUCCAUCUCUGCUCCGUCUCUGCUGAUUCAGCAGCAAUCACUCGCUUCCUUAACGGUUUCACAAACCGGCAGGUUGGUUCAUGUUUUGUCAGAAGACCCUUUGUGAGCGUACGUACUCCUGCAAACACACGGUGUCUCCUGCCGCGCAGCCUCACUCCACAUUGUCUUUGCCAAGUGUCCAUCACAUUUCAGCUGACGUAACCCUUUAAAAUGCACAGAGCUUUUAUCACAGGCACCGUUCACGCUUCAAUAAAACUAUGUUUUAAUAAAACAAUGAGAGAAA